UAGUAGUGCUGUUGCCCCGCCAGUGAGUGAUCAACCAGAGAGUAGACAUGCUGAACCACUAGUUCACGUAGGAUCCUGCCUGUGGUUCUCCUUACUUUAUUGAAGAGUUAUGACCGGGAGCAUGUUUAAAACCGAACCUGUAACGUUAUUUGGUAACUGAUUAGCAGAAAUCACAGAAUCAUAAAAAAACAUUUGGAGAGAACUACUUGAGCCAGCCGGGUCUGACAGGGUGUAGGAAUGGCAGCUCCCCGGCCGAUAAAAGGCAUCCUGAAAAACAAGAACAGCGGGGCAAACGUUAAAUCGCUACCCGAAGACGUCCGGUCAGAGAGUCCUGAACAAGCCCCUGCACUCUCGGAGGAUGACCAACAGAAGAAAUCCCAGAAAUGGGAUGAGAUGAACAUCCUGGCCACGUACCAUCCAGCCGACAAAGACUAUGGUCUGAUGAAGAUUGAUGAACCAAGCACACCUUACAACAGGAUGGUGGGGGACGAAGAUGAUGAGGGCGCGCUGAGUGACUCUGAUGGCCACAGCGGACUUGCAGCUGAUGAUCUGGCAUCAAAGCUGGUAGCAGCAGAGGGCUCAGAGCCUCGCUUCAUGAAGGAAGAAGAAGAAGAGGAGGAAGUAGAAGAGAGCAGCGAGGAGGAGGAAGAUGAGAUGACUCCUGAAGAACAAGCCAAAAAGAAGCAUUUUCAGAUGAUGAGGAAGAUGCACUACAACGAGGGCAUGAACAUCAAGCUGGCCCGCCAGCUCAUUGCCAGCGAGCUAGAAGAGGACGAAGACGUGGACGAAGAGAUGAGGGACGACACAGAAGAGGCGAGGGAGGAGACGGAGGAGAUCAAUGUUGACCCACCACAGGAAGCUGAUUCCCUGGACUCGUAGAUGAGGCCCCUCUUCUACCUUCAGCCCUGUGUGUUGGCUCAAGAUGCAGAAAGACAAUGCCACUGCGCUCUGUGUUUUAAUGCCGGGCCGUACAGCAGACACCGCUUCACCACCCAUAUAACAACCCUCAGCAGCCAAUAACCUCCUGGUCACCUGUCUGUCUCUACUAUUCCUUAGAACUGUGCAAUAUAACCUUAAAACACACUGGUUUUUAACUCCCAGAAUCAGUACACACAAGUGAAGCACCUUCCUCUUCCUCUCUCUCCUGUUGCCAAGAAUCCCCCCC